CUGAAACAUGGCUGCGCUGGAAGCACUGUUGCUUUGGGCACCGGGAGCAGAAGGUGCUCCACGAAUGGGAAAAUUGAUCAUGUGAUCUGCAUAAUUCAUCUCGUUCUACCUCCCUGCACUCUGUGCUGGGAAAAUGCAUCAUCCAUUUGGAAAAGAGGAAACUGCUUCCCAGAAGGAGCUUUUUGGAUUUUUCUGUGAGUGCCUUCGAAGAGGAGAAUGGGAGCUGGCACAGGCAUGUGUGCCUCAGCUACACCAGGCACAAGGGGAUAUCCCAAAGAAGGUGGAGGACAUACUCCAGGCGCUGGUGGUGUGUCCAGAUCAGCUGAGUUGUGGACAGGACAUCAACCCUCAAAGAUUAGCCUGGGUCUGGCUUCUUGUACUGGAAAAAUGGUUUGCCCAGGAAAAGAAGUUACUUCCAGCUGUUUUCCGAAGAAAGCUGGAGUUUCUUUUAUUGUCAGAAGACCUCCAAGGUCACAUUCCAGAGGACAUCCUGAAGGAGCUUUAUGAGGCUUUAUCACAAGACACUGCAGACCCCGUGCUGGACAGAAAUCGAAGGCAGGAGAGCUGCACCCUUCGGCUCAGCUCAGAAGCUAUCUCUGUGCUCUUGGAUCUUCUGAGCCGGGCUCCCCAGCCAGCGCAGGCCCUGCUGGAGCUUCUGCUUAGGGAAGAUGAGGGCACCGACCUCUGUGGCUGGCCUCUGCAGAAGGCACUGGUGGACUUCAUUCGAAAGGCACUGCGAGCUUUGCAGGACCCUGCCACUGGGCCCCCUGGGGGCGUAGAUGCCAUCUACGGAGCCCUGCGGACUCUGCGUUGCCCUGCAGAGCCGCUCGGGGUGGAGCUGCGUGUCCUGUGUGAGGAACUACUGGAGGCCUGCAGGACGGAGGGGAGUCCCCUGCAGGAGGAGCGGCUGCUCAGCUGCCUGCUGCACAAGGCCGGGCGGGGCUUGGUGUCCCUGUAUGGCCAUACCUAUGCAGAGAAGGCCACAGAGAAGCCACCGAAGGCCACAUUGUCGGGAAAAGAUCAUCUGGAUCCCGAGUGGGCAAUGCUAGCCUUGUUCUCCAGUCCUGACCCGGCCGAGGCUUGGAAAUCGGCCUAUUUCUACUGCCUGAGUAACAACAAGCACUUCCUCGAGCAGAUCCUGGUGACAGCACUAACACUGUUGAAAGAGGAAGACUUCUCCAGUCUUGGCUGCCUGCUAGAUAGGGAAUUCAGGCCUCUCAGUCGACUGCUUGUGCUCCUGGGCUGGACACACUGCCAGAGCCUAGCAUCAGCCAAGAGGUUGCUCCAGACACUGCACAGGACACAGGACGAAGGUUGUGACAAGCUCCUCAGGGAUGCCUGUGAUGGGCUGUGGGCUCACCUGGAGGUCCUGGAGUGGUGUAUACAGCAGAGCAGCGACCCCAUACCAAAGAGAGACCUCCUGUGUCAUUUACAUGGUGGAGACAGCCACUCAGUGCUCUACUCUCUCCAUCACCUCACAAACCUCCCAGCCCUUAGGGAGGAAGAGGUUCUCAAGCUCUUACAGAAGGUGCCAGCUGAGGGUUCCCAGCAAGAGCAUGAUUCAGCUGCUGCCCCGGGCCCUGAGCACCUGAGCCAGUAUCAGAACCUGACACUCUACCGGAGCUUCUGUGCCAUGAAGUACGCCAUCUAUGCCCUCUGUGUGAACUCACACCAGCACACCCAGUGCCAGGAAUGCAAAGACAGUCCCUCUGAGGACCUGGCCGUGGCCGCAGAGCCAGUGAAUGAUGCUGUCUCCUCAGGUGCUUCAAAUCUCUUCUCAACAUACCUGGCCAGGUGUCAGCAGUAUCUGUGCAGUGUUCCCGACUCUUUGUGCCUGGAACUUCUAGAAAACAUCUUCUCAUUGCUCCUCGUCACCUCUGCCAGUCUUCACCCAGAGCCUCACCUGCCUGAGGACUAUGCUGAGGAGGAUGACGUUGAGGGGAAGGGUCCAUUGGAUUUGCGGUCCCCACCAGAGAGCCCUCAGCACAUAGCACAGCCUGAGAGGAAGUCAGAACGGGGUUCCCUGGGAGUCCCCAGGAGCCUUGCUAAUACAGUUCCAAGCUAUCUGAAGACAGAGCCCAAAGACAGUUCCCCAGGGCCUCACGGGCACAGCUUUUUGGACCUAAAGCACUUUACGAGUGGUAUCAGUGGGUUCCUGGCUGAUGAGUGUGCAAUAGGGGCCUUCCUCAGGCUCCUCCAGGAGCAGCUGGACGAGCUCAGCAGCCACAGCCCCCAUGAGGAGCCAAAGGUGCCAGGAGGCCAGGGCUGCCUGGGAAGCAGAGACACACUGCAGAGCCGCCUGCACCAGUUUUCCAAGGUUCUCUCGGAGGCCCAGUGGAGAUACAAGGUGGUGACAAGCAACCAGGUCUCAGAGGAGCAACCUUCCCGAAGAUACCGGUCCGUUACCACCCUGUACCCUAGUCUCCGCCGAGGUCGUCGGACACGAAGGAGCCGGGCAGAUGGCCGGGACAGAGGUUCCAAUCCAUCCCUGGAAAGUACAAGUAGUGAGCUGAGCACAAGUACUUCAGAAGGAAGUCUGAACACCAUGUCUGGAAGGAAUGAACUGGAUGGCCGGUUACAGCCCCAAACUCAAAGUUCCCUUAUCCCCAUGAUGUUCUCCCCACCUGAGUCGCUGCUGGCAUCGUGCAUCCUCCGGGGGAACUUUGCAGAAGCCCAUCAGGUGGUGUUCAUGUUCGACCUGAAGUCCUCACCCAGCGCAGGAGAACUGAUGUUCGUGGAGCGCUACCAGGAGGUGAUCCAGGAGCUGGCCCGAGUCGAGCACAAGAUUGAGAACCAGAACUCAGAUGCGGGCAGCAGCACCAUUCGAAGAACAGGCAGUGGCCGCUCAACUCUGCAGGCCAUUGGCAGCGCGGCAGCGGCAGGGAUGGUAUUUUACUCCAUCUCUGACGUGACCGACAAGCUGCUCAACCCCUCUGGAGAUCCCAUCCCUACACUCCAGGAGGACUUUUGGCUAAGCAGUGCCCUGGUGGAGCCCACUGACCCCCUGAGGGAGCUUCUGGAAGACCUCAGCCCCCCCGCCAUGGCUGCCUUUGACCUUGCUUGCUCUCAGUGCCAGCUCUGGAAAACCAGCAAGCAGCUCUUGGAAACAGCCGAGCGACGUCUGAACAGUAGCCUUGAGAGCCGGGGUCGACGGCUGGACCACAUCCUCCUCAGUGCCGAUGGCAUUCGAGGUUUUCCGGUCGUUCUUCAGCAAAUCAGUAAGAUUCUCAAUUAUUCACUUAUGUCAACUGGACCAACUAAGUCGGAGAGUGUAGAAGAGAAAGGAGGAGUUCCUCCCCGGUGCAGCAUUGCUGAGCUGCUCCAGAUGUGCUGGCCCAGCCUGACAGAGGACUGUGCUGCCAGCCACGCCACCCUCUCCCAGCAGCUGGACCAGACCCUUCAGUCGCUGAGAGAGGCGCUAGAGCUGCCAGAGCCCAGGAGCACUCCACUCUCCUCCCUGGUGGAGCAAGCGGCCCAGAAAGCUCCAGAGAUAGAGGCCCACCCUGUGCACAUCCAGACUCAGCUCCUCCGGAAGAACCUGGGCAAACAGACCCCAGCGGGCAGCAGGCAGACCGACUACCUGGGCACCUUCUCCAGUUACUGCAGCACCCUGGCUGCAGUGCUUCUUCAGAGUUUGCGCUCUGAGACUGAUCACGUGGAGAUCAGAGUAGGAAAUCCCUUUGUUCUCCUGCACCAGAGCUCUUCCCAACUGGUGUCACACCUCCUGCUUGAGCGACAAGUCCCACCUGACAGGCUGGCAGCCCUCCUGGCCCGUGAGGGCCUCGGUCUCAGUGUGCCUCAGGUCAUUGUCAGCUGCUGCUGUGAGCCCCUUGCCCUUUCCUCUUCCCUGCAGAGCCAGCAGACGUCAUCUCUCCUGACCCACCUGGGCGUCCUGGCCCAACUGUACACCGCCCGCUGCCUGGAGGACCCCCCACUUUCUAUGCAGAGCUCCCCAAAGACAACUGAGAACCACACAUCAGAGAAAAAGCCCAACUCCUCCCCAAAAGAUUCAUCACUCUCAGCCCUCACCGCCUCUACCUUGGCCUUCCUUAAAUCCCGCUCAAAGCUGCUGGCUACAGUAGCCUGUCUGGGGGCUUCUCGGGGAUCAAAGGUCACCAAGCCCAGCUUGUCAUGGAAGGAGCUUCGUGGCCGCAGGGAGGUACCUCUGACCACAGAGCAGGUAGCCCGGGAGUGUGAGCGCCUUCUGGAACACUUCCCUAUGCUUGAGGCUUCCCUCCUGGCUGCCUGGGAGCCCCUCCGAGGGUCCUCCAAGCAGGAGCAGAGUCUGGCAGCAAGCCUCUGUGGCCAGGCUAGUGUCUCUACUGUCCUCCUGGGCCUGCAUUCUCCUGUUGCCCUGGACGUGCUCACAGACGCCUUCGAGGAAGCCCUGGUGGCCAGAGAUUGGCCCCGGGCCCUUCAGCUCACUGAAGUGUACGGGCGAGACGUGGAUGCCUUAAGCAGCAUACAGGAUGCGGUCCUGAGCUGUGCUGCAGCAUGUGACGGAGAAGGUUGGCAGUACCUGUUUCCUGUGAAGGAUGCAUCUCUGAGAAGUCGGCUGACCCUAAAGUUUGUGGAUAGGUGGCCCCUGGAGUCGUGCCUGGAGAUCCUGGCCUACUGCAUUUCAGACACAGCUGUCCAAGAUGAACUGAGGUGUGAACUACAGAGAAAGUUGGCGGAGCUGCAGGUGUAUCAGAAGAUCCUAGGUUUGCAGGCUGCCCCCGUGUGGUGUGAUUGGCAGACUCUGAGGAACUGUUGUAUUGAGGACCCAUCAACUGUCAUGAGCAAGAUUCUAGAAGCAAAGGAGUAUGCACUGUGUGAGGAGUGGGGCUGCCUAUACCCCAUUCCAAGGGAACAUUUAAUCAGCCUACAUCAAAAGCAUCUUCUUUACCUUCUAGAAAGAGGAGAUCAUGAAAAGGCUCUGCAACUUCUGCGAAGGAUUCCCGACCCCUCCACGUGCCUUGAGGUCACAGAGCAAUCCCUCGACCAGCACCCUAGCUUGGCCACUUCUCACUUCUUGGCCAACUACCUCACCACCCACUUCUAUGGAAAACUGACUGCUGUUCGACACCGUGAAAUCCAGGCACUGUACAUGGGAUCCAAGGUUCUGCUGACCCUGCCUGACCAGCACCGGGCCAGCUAUUCCCACCUGUCCUCUAAACCCCUGCUCAUGCUGGAGCAACUGCUCAUGAACAUGAAAGUGGAUUGGGCCACUGUGGCUGUGCAGACUCUGCACCAGCUGCCAGCCGGGCAGGAAAUCGGCUUCACCAUGGACGAGGUUGACUCACUGCUUUCCAGAUACGCGGGCAAAGCCCUGGACUUCCCAUACCCUCUGAAGGAGAAACGAUCAGAUCCUGAGAUUCAUCUGCAGGAAACUGUCGGUCAGGCUUCAGACCUCGAGACCUUGACUAGAUCACCGUCAGCCGAGUUCUCUUCUGCUGCUCCUGGUGUCCCCAUUGUACAUUCCCCCAGUCCAAGGGAGAGGAGUGUCCCCCAGAGUCGGCCCCUACUGGAGUUUGUGCCCCCCGCCACGCCCCCGGCCAGGCACCAGUGGGUGCCGGAUGAGAGCGAGAGCCUCUGCAUGGUCUGCCGCACGGAGCACUUCACCAUGUUUAACAGACGCCAUCAUUGUCGCCGCUGUGGCCGGCUAGUGUGCAGUUCCUGCUCCACGAAGAAAAUGGUUGUGGAAGGCUGCAGAGAGAACCCUACUCGCGUGUGUGACCAGUGCUAUAGUUACUACAACAAAGAUGGACCAGAGGAGAAUCCAGGACAACCAGGAGUAUUGGACAGUGCCAAGAGUGAAAGCCCCCCAUACUCAGCUGUGGUCAGGGUCCCCAAAGCACCUGAGGUGGAAUGGAUUUUGGACCUGAAUGAGGAGGAAAAUGAGCUGGUGCGGAAUGACUUUUACUAUGAGCAGGCCCCCAGCGCCUCCUUGUGCAUCGCCAUCCUGACUCUGCACCGGGACAGUGUUGCCUGCGGCCACCAGCUAAUUGAGCACUGCUGCAGGCUGUCCCAGAGCCUCGCCAACCCAGAGGUGGACGCAGGGCUGCUCACAGACAUCAUGAAGCAGCUGCUCUUUAGCGCCAAGGUGAUGUUUGUCAAGGCCGGCCGCAGCCAGGACCUGGCUCUUUGUGACAGCUACAUCAGCAAGGUAGACGUGCUGAAUAUUUUAGUUGCUGCUGCCUACCGCCACGUGCCAUCUCUGGAUCAGAUCCUGCAGCCAGCUGCCGUCACCAGGCUGAGGAACCAGCUUUUGGAAGCUGAGUACUACCAACUAGGCGUUGAGGUCUCCACAAAGACUGGGCUUGAUACCAGUGGGGCGUGGCAUGCUUGGGGAAUGGCCUCCCUCAAAGCUGGGAACCUCACUGCCGCACGGGAAAAGUUCAGUCGCUGUCUGAAGCCCCCUUUUGACCUCAAUCAGCUGAGUCAUGGCUCAAGACUGGUACAGGAUGUGGUUGAGUACCUGGAGUCCACAGUGAGGCCGCUCCUGUCCUUGCAAGAUGAUGAUUACUUGGCCACCUUGAAAGAACUGGAAACUACCCUUCGGACCCAGAGCCUCUCUCUGGAGGUGAUUCCUGAAGGGAAGAUCAUGAACAACACCUACUACCAAGAAUGCCUCUUCUACCUUCAUAGCUACAGCACCAACCUGGCCAUCAUCAGCUUCUACGUGAGGCACAGCUGCCUGCGGGAAGCCCUGCUGCACCUGCUCAACAAGGAGAGUCCUCCAGAAGUCUUCAUAGAAGGCAUUUUCCAGCCAAGCUACAGAAGUGGAAAGCUACACAUUUUGGAAAACUUGCUAGAAUCCAUUGAUCCAACCUUGGAGUGCUGGGGAGAGUACUUGCUCGCUGCCUGCCAACAUUUGCAGAAGAAGAACUACUACCACAUUCUGUAUGAGCUGCAGCAGUUUAUGAAGGACCAAGUCCGGGCUGCCAUGACCUGCAUUCGGUUCUUCAGUCACAAAGCAAAGACAUACACGGAACUGGGAGAGAAGCUCUCAUGGCUGCUCAAGGCCAAGGACCACUUGAAGAUCUACCUCCAAGAAACCUCCCACAGCUCUAGAAGGAAGAAAACCACCUUCUUCCGAAAGAAGAUGACUGCAGCUGAUGUGUCAAGGCACAUGAACACACUUCAGCUGCAGAUGGAAGUGACUAGGUUUUUACAGCGGUGUGAAAGUGCCGGGGCCUCGCAGAGCACCGCCUUGCCUCUGCCAACCCUGUUCGGGAAUAACCACAUGAAAAUGGACGUCGCCUGCAAGGUCAUGCUAGCAGGGAAAAAUGUAGAAGAUGGUUUUGGAAUUGCAUUCCGUGUUCUGCAGGACUUCCAGCUGGAUGCUGCCGCCACCUACUGCAGAGCUGCCCGGCAGUUGGUGGAGAGGGAGAAAUACAGUGAGAUCCGACAGCUGCUCAAAUGUGUCAGUGAGUCAGGCAUGGCAGCCAAGGGUGACGGAGACACCAUCCUCCUCAACUGCUUGGAAGCAUUCAAGAGAAUCCCACCCCAGGAGCUGGAGGGCCUGAUCCAGGCGAUCCACCACGACGACAACAAGGUGCGCGGGACUGUCUCCCUCCCUGGGGAUGCUCACGAACAUCACCUUGGCUUGGCCCCUCAUCUUUACUCCUUGCUCCCCGUGACAGUGCCAUUCAACCUGUGUCUCAGCUUCCUUGUUAGCCAGAGUUGGCGCAGGGACCCAGGUGGGGGUGUGAGGAGGGGGCAUGGAUGGGGAAUGCAUGAACAUCGCCACCUGAGCCUUUGCCUUCCCAUUUCUUUGUCCCCAAGACAAACAUGUCCUAGGCUGCUCUUGUGUCUUCAUUUUCUGUGAAGGCCUUCUCUGGGACAGCCCUAGGGAAUCCCUGCCUUCCAUCAUCAGGUGACUGAUGGAAUGAGGUUCUCAGACUGGGCAGGCAUUUCUUUGUUCUAGAAGGAAAAGGGUACCCUCUACAGUCAGGGGAAAAACCCACCCAACCCUUGACCAACAAAUACCCAUGGUGUCUCCUCUGGAACAAGCCUCUUUCCUGUGGCCUCCGAGCUCUUCCCUGUGCAGUAAGGAAUCAGGGACCCUGCGCGUCACGUUGCCUCGACGUGGAGUGCCAGCCAGAGCCAGAGCAUCCCCAGCUGCCCCUGUGUGUGGCUCACGGCAGGCCCGACGCCCCUGCCAGUGGAGGAAGGUGCACGGGCCAGGAGAGGCCUGGGAACUCCCAGCUGGGCUGCCAUGGCCUCUAGCAGGGGAGUUGAUCUGUCAGCUGAAGGGGAACAAACGAGUGUCAGGGAAACGUCCGUUUGCACAACCACGGAGCUGCUCCGGCGGCAGUGCUGCUGGUCCCUGGAGUGAAUGUUCAGGGCACUUCUCGUCUGAGGAGUUAGGCAAGGGUGUUCUUAACAUUUCUUUAUUUCUGCAACAUCCUGACCAGAUCCUAUGGAAAGGAUGGAAUUCUGACAUUCUGAAAAGUGGAAGAUUACUUUUCUAGAUUCAAAAUAAGAGCCCAACAGCCGGGCCAGACACCCAGCUUCCCUAGUUCCCAGACUGAAGUCCUUUUCCAAGCCUUCAGGGAGUCCCCCACUCAGCAAGACAGAGGCUUCGUCCCUGGGAAAGAUGUGCACUAAGAUCCAGACAGUCAUUACUUUUCAGGGUUUGGUUUGUGGGGUUUUUCCCCAGCAGCUGUUUUAAUGCACUUAAGUUGUCUCAGGCCAUAAAAUCUUGCCAAAAAAUAGCUUCAUUCAGUUCCUAUUCCAGCCUUUCUGGAAAAAUGCCCUCCUUCUCUUGGUAGGAAUUUUGCCUGCGAACUAGUGUUAUGUACUUAACAUGCAUAGGUGCUAAGUGGAGCUGAAGGCUGGGUGGGAACAUCACAGGGCAGCAGGCAGAUAUUCAAACAGCAGGACUUGAUCACGUCAGUGAACUCAGACGUGCCAGACAUCUUCUCGCUGUGGGAGAUGAUCUGUAAUUGAGCUGAGGAAAGAAAGACUUUAGUGAUCAAGACAAGAAAGAGUAUGGAGCCUUGAAACAGGAAGAGAGAAGGGUCCCCUCCAACCACCAGGAGGGAAUGUCACAGCAGAAAGGCAGCUUCUAGGAGAAGCUCGGGGGCCGCUGGUGAGGUCUCGCUGGAACGCUGGCUGGUCAGGGAGGUGCUGGUGCGGGGCAGGGGAACAAGGGUUCUCGUCUCACCAAGCUGGGGAUUCGUGAGCUUGAGGGUGUCCAGAGGUAGGAGAGAGACCCCGUACCCAAAACACGGCUUCCUCUGACCCAAACAACAAAAGUUAGACCUUUUCUAAUUAUGUUUAUAAGUUUUAUUCCUCAAAUUUCCUGCUAAAAGAUUUUAAAUUCAUCAGGUUAGAAACAGAAAAAACAAGGAGUGGGAUCUGUGUGCUCAUUGUAGGGUACAGGGAUAAUUGUUCAUUCAUUUAUUCAUUCAUUCAUUCACUUGAUACGUGCUUAUUGAACACCUACUACAGGCCCUGUGCUAGGCACCAGGAAUACAAGGGUAGAAAACACAGACACUAUUUCUGCCCUCAUGGAUCUUAAAAGCCUAGUCAAGAAGACAGACAUUAAUCAAAUAAUCACCCAAAUAACUAAAACCACAACCUGUGGGCAGUGAAGCCAGGAGGAAGCCGGAGAGCCCGAGAUAGUGAGGGGGGAAAGGACAG